AUGCCGCGUCAUAAUGAUUAUUCGUUUGUUGAAAUGAGAAACAUGGUAUGUGUGUAUGCCCAAGAAAAUUAUUGUGGUCGUCAUGCAGCAGCGAGGUACUUGGAGUUAUAUCCAAAUAACAGACAACCUAACCACAAGCUUUUCAAGACGUUGUACGACAGAUUAGGAGAAACGGGAUCAUUUCGCCCUAAACGAGACGUUGGAAGGCCUAAAGUAUUAGCGGCGGAGCAAGAAGAGGAUGUUUUAGUGCGAAUUGCCGAAAACACGCAAACAAGCACACGCCGAAUUUCAUCAGCUACUGGUGUAAGUCAGCCUUCCGUCUUCAGAAUACUCCACAAAGAAAAAUUGUAUCCUUACCAUUUUCGUCCGGUUCAACAGUUGAUGCCACAAGAUCCUCCUGGUAGAUUUCGGUUCGCACAGUUUCUUCGUCGGCAACAAAAUGCUGACCCUACAUUUUAUAAUAAAAUAUUGUUUACGGACGAAGCUACAUUUACCCGGCGCGGUGUAUUUAAUUGGAGAAAUAGCCAUUCCUGGGAACUGGAAAAUCCUCACUUGCCACGAGAACAACAUUUUCAGCAUGAAUUCUCAAUAAAUAUUUGGUGUGGAAUACUUUCCGAUAACAUUUUGGGACCAUUUGUGUUACCCCGUCCACUUAAUGGGGAAAUUGGACGUAAUACCUAUAAUUCCAAAAAGCGUCAUGGUUCUGAUAUUAUUAAACUGGAGGUCCAGAGAGCUCCGCGCCAAAUCAAGGGACACCGGAGUCGGAGACCAAAGUAG